AUGACCCUGUUCGAACCGUUCCUGGAGAUGCAGCGACGAGAGGAGCACUUGAUCCAGCAGCGCGAAAAGUACCUCAUCUUCGAGACCCAACGGCUCGAGCUGCGCAAGCAGCUCACCCAGCUCCAGCUCAGGCUCGGACCACACUACAACACCAACAUCAACAGCAUCAGCGCCAACACAAGCGACGGCUGGCUGCAGAGGACGGGCAGCGAGCAGAGCCCGCAGUAG